AACAAGGCCUCCAAGAUCCCAUGUGAUAAGAAGCAGCACGUCUGUCCACUGUGUGGAGGCGUGUUCCAAAGGCCUGAACAUGUCAAGAGACACAUGAGAUCCCAUUCGAGUGAGAAACCGUUUGAAUGCGAUGAGUGUGGGAAGAAGUUCAAUAGGCCAGAUAAUCUGAGGGCUCAUGGGAGAAAGAUACAC